ACCCUUCAUCUGCAGCUAUGUCUGGCCCAUUACUGUGACAUCCAUGGGCCAACUCCCCUGAUGGUCACCGAGGGCCUGGCGGCACCCUGUAGCAUCUGCUACGAUGGCUCAGCCGCAGCAAGCGACAAGCCUCCACGCUCCGCUCCAGCUACAUCGGAAACGCAGCCUCGGGCGUCUUCAGCCGCAGUUACCGACGGUAUUCGAGAUUUGAGCUUAUCACAAGAUGGCCAGUCUCCUCGCCCAGCUUUGCGUCGAUCCCCUGGCACUGGUCCUGGCGCCAGUCAUGACGGCACUGCAGUGAGUGGCCUCGACACGCCUCCCGAGAGCCCGCGGCCCCUGUCCCAGCAGCCACGGCGAGACUCGAGUUACCGUAGGACCUAUGACGAAACUGUAACCCGAAAACAAGGCCCCUGCGACAAUUGCGCCAUGACGUUGCCCCGCAGGCAGCAGAACGCAGCGGCAGCUGGGGAGGAUGCCAUUGACCCGCGAUCACCAACCUUGCGUACCCGUGCGCCGGCUGAGCGUGUCUUUCUCCCCGUCGACCCAGCCUCGCCCCCAAAUUCGCAGUCAUCUAGUGACACUGAUGCGGAUCACGAGCUUCCAAGGCAGCCACGCAGCAGGAGAAAUGUGUCAUCUGUGAGUUCUCGGACUACGUCGUGCUCUAGCACGUCUACAACUUCGGAGCGUCAUCCCAGUCAUGUGCACUACGUGGAUUACACAUCGACCCAUGAACCAAUCCUUCCCGACUCCUUUUCUCUGAUUCGUGCCUCAUGUCUACGAGCUUUGUCUUUUGAGACCCUGCCGCGAGCUCCUUCGACCGCCACACCAGCGUCCUCCCCUCAGCAUCACAACUCGCCGUCUUUUGUCACCACACAGAGCGCUGGUUCGGCCGCGUCGGGCGGUGCCAUUUUCUUUGGUGAUUCACUAGCUGGGUACACCACUGCCUACAUCUUUCGAAUCCCUGAUGUGCACGCCCGAGGCCACAAACGAGUCUAUGCCUUCCUAGCCCUCAGCACCCAUAAAGAGAGGUUGGCCAUGAAAACGUUCGCAGGCGUUUCUUCUGCCUUCCGGGAGCUCGCUACUUGGAUCCAAACACUGGCCGAAUCUGAGGCUGAGCGUACCGCGGAAUCAUCUCCCAUUGGAAGCGUCCUGCAAAGCGGUGGGCCUGGUAGCCAUAUGGCAUCAUCAUCCGCCAUCGAUGCGCCGACUGUGGAUCGCAGCGGCAGUAGCUUUCUGACAGGAGGCAGUGGCUUCACCAGGCGCAUGGGAGGCCCUGGCGGCGUCUCCUCGCUCAAAGCUCGUGGCCUUGCGGAACUUGUUGGGCAGCCAGACUUCUUCAUCACCCUGCACAAGAAGUUUGUGCAGCUCUUGUUCGAAGUGGGCGUGUCCUUGAAUUCAUAA